CGCGAGUGCAGAGUUGAACGCUGGUAGGCGGCGACUCUGGCCGCUGUCCUCUCCACUUUACCUCUGUGCCAGAGGACCCGGGGGAAAGCUGUCGCCACUGAGCCAGUCAGCAUGCAGCUCGCACACUACCUCCGUGUCUAGGGACAACGCAGGCCUCCUGCGAUCGCCUGUCUGGUUUUCGGUUCCGUGAGCCCAGCCCCUCAUCACUAUGUACGACCGUGCUCCCCGCUGGCUCGACUUAGCCAACCGGGGCGGCACCGAGGAGCACGUGGGUCCUGGGACCUACCAGGUACCUUUUCCUAAGCAGCAGGCCACAGGUUGCUAUGCACCGUUUCUUUCUUUGAGUUCUAAAAAAGAUGCUUAUGUUGUCUCCUCUGACCCUGAGAAAGCCGUUCCAGGUCCAGCGCACUACAAUGUGUCCCAAGCACAGUAUAAAAUAAAAGGAGGCCGCACUCUGCAAAACCGAGAGAAGCGAUUUAAGAAACUUAUUCCGGAUGGUCCAGGACCUGCAAGCUACGACUGCCCUUACCUUGGGACACUAUGUAUCAGAAUCAGACAGAAAAUCUGUAGGAAACGUGCAGUUUCCAGAAGCCUUGACAUCCCUUCAAUUCCCUCUUCUGGAAAGUCGCAUGGGUAUCAUCUCAAUGAUGACGACACUAUUAUGAGACGCACCCCACCUUCUAGUGACAAGACGAUGGGUCCGGCGUACUACAAUCCUCAGUUUGAUUAUCCUAAAGCAAGUUUGAAAUAUAAAGGUGUAAAUUUUGGCAUUGCUUCAGGAAGACAAGAAUUGCUCAAAUAUUCAGGCCCUGGCCCUGGACACUAUGAUAUCAUCCAGAAAAGGAAACUACAUUAUGAAAAUAUUAACAUCAAGCGAGAUCAACAGCACUACUAUUAUACAUAUGUUCCGCGGCUGUAUGAAGAGAUAGCAUUGCAGGAAGAAAAAAAGGGAGUACCAGGACCUGGAAAGUACAACAUUAAAAGUCAAUUUGACCAAGUAAAGUCCAUGUCAGCAAUUGUGGACGCUUCAUCUCUUCUUUUCUUUCCUGAAACAGAGAGAUUUGAACCUAUCAAAUCGUCUACCCCAGCUCCUGGCACGUAUAAUGAAACACGAACUGCUUUCAAGGUCCCAAAGAAAAGAUCAGGACUGUUUUCACCAUUUGGUCAAAGAGCUGCCCGAUUCACAGAGGAUUACAAGGCCCACGAACUACCAGGUCCUGGCUUUUAUGAUAUCUCAACCAACAUUGUAAAAGCCCAGGUUAAAAAACCCCACUUGAAGAAAAAAAUGAAAACUGGAUUUGGUUCUUCUGUGCCUCGAGCUCUGUUCGCAGUUCAGGAAAAAGCCUUCACUGGCCCUGGGCCCAGUGAUUAUCAGGUGGUUGGAGGAAUUCAUGAUGAAUUACCUAACUUGGUGAACAAAUACGCUGCUUUCUUGUCAAGAGAAGAAAGAACUACACCAGUGCAAGAAAUGAUUUUUCCAGCUCCUGGCUGCUAUGAUGUUCAGAAAUCAUACGAUAUGUCCCAAGUUCAACAUAACUACAUGCCGCCUCGUAGUUCAGUGGCUAAACAAAGGCAUUCCUCUUUCCUGAGUGCAGCUCCUCGGUGCCUGGGGAAAAUCACUGACGGGCCAGGUCAGAGAAGCAAGAGAAGCCACAGGUCCAGCGCUAAGUCAGUCACUGUGUAUUCAGCCUGUAUUUACACAGCAAAGCCAGACAGACGACAGGAAGAGUAUCAAAUGUUUUGUCACGAUUUGAGUCGCUGCACGAAGGAAAACACCACACAGAAGAUCCGGUGUGGAUCCCAGACACUGAAAGCAGCUGUAAGAUUGAAAUUGCCUUGGAGACCCAAAGAUGUGAAAGAUGCCAGAGCUGAGGGGUCCCUGUCGAGGAGAGCUGCUAACAGAGCGUGGACCCAGCCCGGGAGGAAGAAGUUUGCUGCAGUCAACAAAGAGAAUAGCCACUUUACAGUUGCUGGGGUUCAAGAAGAUUUAACAGUGCAAACUUCAGAUAGUGAGAAUGGAGAGCAAAGCUACGGUGAUGGAGCAAGGGGCCCAGAGAGCCAAUGGACUGGCCAAGAGCGUAAACUUUGGAAUGGCCUCCCAGAACUGAGUCACUUUGCCACGGACUCUCUGCGGUCCCCAACACCUUCUGCAGUGAUGCCCGAGCUUGUGUAA